GAUCAUCCCCAGUUGGAUCCAGCCUCUUCUCGGGGUUUUUUGGUCUUAUAAAUUUCUGUGUAUCGAUUCUCCUUCUGCAUAGGUAUUAACUGCUAGUCCUCGUCUGAAUUUUUUUCUCUUUUUUCUUGCUUCGCCAUUGUUACCUCAAGGAUCAGAGCGAAUUCACACCCAAAGCUCCAGAUACCGUCCAAAUCCUCGCCCACCAUGUCGAAAUACACCGAAAUGGCCAAGGGCAAGCUGUCCGAGAGCCGCGAAAAGGCCUCCGGGCUCAAGGGCAGAGCCAAAGGCAAAGUCACAAGACAUAUCCCUGGCCGAGGUCAUAAAGAGGAGGACAGCGGUCCCUCCCACGUCGCCCGUCCUCUCAGCUCCCUCCGCGAUCCAAACUCCUUUGCUCCUCCGCCGAGGCGCACAGGCUCUGGCUUAGCUCCCCCUCCACCUCCUUCUACAGCCAAACGAUCCGUCGUAAAGGUGCCGGGCACUUAUCAGCCCGCUUACGAAGAAGAGGAGGAGGAGCACCACAUACCAACCGGACCAUACAGGGCGGAUACAACGGGCUUAUCAACUUCUAAUCUUCCGCCGCCUCCGGUAAGGAGAGAUCACCCGAAUAAUCAAAGUCCUCCACCAUACGAGUCCGUUGUCAGCUCCUCCGCCGGCACCAGAGCUCCUCCGCCGAGUCUUCCUCCGAGAUUACCUCCGCGAUCCGGCUCCGGAACGCCGGGUCGAACAGAGAGUCCGCUGUCAGCUCUCGGGGCCAACCCCAACCACCUCAAUCAAGGUGCCGUCAACAGACUGGGAGCUGCCGGAAUAUCCGUUCCCGCCUUUGGCAUUGGCAAAGCAUCUCCCAGCAACGACGACGACGAUGCGCCCCCUCCUCCGAAGCCCCCCCGACCAGUUGUCGCACCGCCGCCGCAAUCACAUCUUAAUGAGCUGCAGAAUCGCUUUGCCAGGCUAGGGACGUCAAACACAGGCUCCUCUACGGGAUCACCAACUCCUCCCAGCGAGACCACUACUCCUCCUAUUCUCAGGCCGGCGGCACCAGUGCCCGCGCCGGCGCCGUCAGGGUCACCGGGUCUGGCAGGAAAGAAGAAGCCGCCGCCACCUCCGCCUAAGAAGAAGCCUUCGCUAUCUGCUGCUGCAGUAACUCCCCCAGCCAACGAUGAGCCGCCGCCCAUUCCUUUGUCGACCCGUCCAUCUUACCAGUAACCAGGGAAUCAUAUCCCCAGAAAUCAAAUCCCCAGCACAUCUUGUAGAGGCAAUGGUCAGCUGCACAAAUUCAUGAUUUGAGGCAUGUCAUUUUGUAUGUUGUAUUUUGCAUAUUGCAGUCUCGUUCUUGUCUGGCGUUGGGAGAAUCAAGGAUUGGCUUCAGCAUCAAAGUUUUAAUAGAACAAAAGUAUUUGUGAAAUCAUGUUUAGAUCAGCAAUUUUAUUUUCUGGUCCUUUUUGAAUUGUCUCCGCUCAUUUCUCCAGCUAUAAGGCUUUUUGUAAGGGGAUAUAUGCCAUGGCGCCGAGUUAAACGCAAAAAUGUGACUCGUGACUUUGUU